AUGUAUAGCAGACUUAGUGGAGUGGGUGACCGAGCAAAACUACAAUGUCACCUUCCUGAUGCAUUACCUUGACGACUUCCACACUCUUGGCCCUCCUGCCUCCUCUGUCUGUAAACACAAUUUGGACAGGUCAAUUGACUGUUUUUCCAAGCUUGGCAUCCCCUCCAUCCAGACAAACUAGAAGGGCCGUCGACGUGCCUAACCAUCCUGGGCAUUGAACUGGACUCUCUUAAUCUGCUGGCACGCCUUCCUCAGGACAAAUUUGAUAGGAUAACUGCCUUGUUGGAAGAUUGGUCACAAAAGCGUUGGUGUAAACGCAAGGAUCUGGAGUCCCUAAUAGGUCACCUUCAGCAUGCCUGCAAAGUCGUACCCAAAGGUCGCUCAUUCUUGCGCCCGAAUGAUUAACCUACUAUGUGCCUUUCGACGCGAUGACCACCCGAUUCGUCUCAAUCAAGAGUUCUUUCUUGACCUAGCCUGGUGGCAAGAGUUUUCCAGUCUUGGAAUGGUUGCAGCUUUCUUCAGUACCCCCAGUGGGCUCCAAUUCCUGACUUGAGGUUUCUUCAGAUGCCUCUGGGGCUCUUGGUUAUGGAGCAGUCUUCCAGGGUCACUGGUUUUCAGGUGCAUGGCUCCCAUCACAGGUCUCUCAGUCUAUCGAGUACAGGAACUUUUCCUAUCGUCGUGGCAGCUUACCUCUGGGGCCCCCAGUGGGCCUCCAAACGGGUCAACUUCCUAUCAGAUAACCGCUCAGUGGUGGACAUUUUGCGGUCUGGCACUUCAAGAGCCCCUACCAUCAUGUCCUUGGUUCGCUAUCUGUCCCUGUUGGCAGCUCGUCACUCCUUCUCCUUCACUGCCUCCCCAGUUAGAGGGAAGUCUAACCCCAUUGCUGACUCCCUGUCUCGCUUUCAGUUUCAGCGUUUUCGCCAGCUAGCUCCUCUUGCAGACUCCAUUCCAACCCAGAUUCCGCAGCAGCUCCUCUCGGAUUUGGAUCUUCGCUGUCAGAUAAAUACCACUUCUAUUUGACUCAGGGUCUUGCCCCCUCCACUAGGAAAGUCUAUGCUUCUGCCCAACGCCGCUUCUUGGAUUUCUGUGCUCAGGACAAUAGCCUAUCUCCUUCGGGAUCAGCUCUUCCAGCCAGUGAAGACGUGCUCAUCCGUUUCUGCUGUCAUCUUGCUGAUACUCUUCACCAUUCAUCCAUAAAGGUUUACCUUUCAGCAAUUCGGUCCCUUCACAUUGAGGAGGGUCAUCCUUCUCCGCUGGUUGGUUGCCUUGAUUUACAGCGGGUGUUGCGGGCAUCAAACGUCACCAAGGCUCAAAUAAGCGUCAGCGCCAACCCAUCACAAUCGAGCUGAUGCACAUUAUCUUCCAGUCCUUGAACUUCUCUGACUACAACCAUACCAUGCUUUGGGCUGCCUGCUGUCUCGGGUUUUUUGGUUUCUUACGUGCUGGUGAGUUUACUGUCAACUCUCCCUUCAAUCCUGACAUCCACCUUGCUGUCAAUGAUGUCCAAGCAGAUUCCCUAGUCAAUCCUAGCAGCUUCAGGAUUCAUAUUAAGUGCUCUAAGACGGACCCCUUUCGCCAAGGUUGCCAUAUUUACAUUGGUGCUGGUAAACGUAAUCUCUGCCCUGUGCGCCCCCUUACCCAGUAUCUACCGUCCGUGGCUCAACUCCUGGCCCACUCUUCCUUCUCUCUGAUGGCACCCCUCUACGCCGCCAAUGGCUGACAUCCAGUAUUCAGUCUAUCUUCUCCGCUGCUGGGGUCACUGGUUGCUACACGGUCAUAGCUUCCGCAUUGGCGCUGCUACUUCAGCAGCCUCUCGUGGCUUACCAGAUCACCUCAUCAAGACACUUGGCAGAUGGUCCAGCGAUGCGUAUCAGAUCUAUAUUCACACUCCCGUCAGUACUAUCGUGGGGGUAGCAAGCCUUCUCACUUGACAGGUAUUUUCUUGCGUAUCUUUCUCUUUUCCUGUUGUCCUUGUAGGGUGCCUCGGGACUUGGGUAGUUCGGGGCCAGGGCUUCCCCCAGCCCUGAGCCCCUCUUUCCCUCUCCGAUCUGGCUGCGUCAGCUCGGAGAGUCCCUUCGGCUUGGAAUGGGGGCUCAUGGCUGGGUUGCGGGGAUUUGCCAGCCAUGGGGGCAGUUUUUCUAUCUAGGGGCUGGCUGGCCACAGUGGAAGCCCCUGGGUAUCCCAGGCACCCACCUUCCACUUAAGCGAGGCAGUUGGUUAAAUUUGGUUAAAUGUAAUUUAACUAAGUUAACCACCACGAGCUUAAGCGGUCAAGCGGUUCUAGCGUGGCGGUCAAGCAAUUCACAAGCAUAGCGGUCAAGCGGUUCACAAGCUUAGCAGUUGAGCGGUCCACAAGUUAAGCGGUCUAGCGGUCCACAAGCUUAGCGGUCAAGCGGUCUACAAGCUUAGCGGUCAAGCGGCCCACAGCGUAGCGGGCAUCCAGCGGUCAAUCCCAUAAGUGCAGGCUCACAUGGUGUGUGGUAGCUUUGUACAUGGCUAGGAUCUGCGAGUUGUUCAUCGAAAGGUUUGUGCAGUGGUCUGUGGAGCGGUUCAUUUAGCGUCUUCCCCCCCCUCCCAUCCCUAUUUUUCUUCCUUCCACUGUUUGAUCAGUGUGACGGGUGCCUGGAAUGGGGGCUCAUGGCUGGGUUGCGGGGAUUUGCCAGCCAUGGGAGCAGUUUUUCUAUCUAGGGGCUGGCUGGCCACAGUGGAAGCCCCUGGGUAUCCCAGGCACCCACCUUCCACUUAAGCGAGGCAGUUGGUUAAAUAACAUAAAAUAUGUUAUGUCAUAUAACAUAAAAUAUGUUUUGUUAUAUAACAUGUGUCAUGAUAUGUUAUAUAACGUGUGUCGAUAAUGAUGAUGAUGAUGAUACCUUUAUUAAAGUGUCAAGACUGUAAUAGCGGUGUAUAACCACUAAGUGGGGACACUAAAAUAAAUUUAAAACAUAAAUCAAUUAAUGUCACUAUUCCGCUUGUAAGAUACGCAUGCAAACGUCACGCAAGUAAAUAACGCACGCAGGCUAAGUAAACAACAACUCCAUGAUGGCGUAAUAAGGGGGGGACACAGCCCUGUGGCAGGUUAUAGCGACUUCGGGUUUUGCGCACAAAAUAACACAAGCCUUACUUGUCGCCCCACUACCGUGGGGUAGGACAAGAGUCUUGGCAGAGCCUUUCUUAUCUCCCCAGCGCCGCACGGGCUGGAUCGGACAAGAUUAAGGCAAAGGAAUAGCUAAAAAGAUGGCAAGACACAAGCAAUGCCAAAAGCUUGGGGGAAGUCGCAACGCAGACUUAACCGCACCACAAGGAGUGACCCCCCAAAAUUUAUUGAGACAAAACAUAACAACUACUCCUCCAAAGGGAGGGAGGGUGGGUAACAAAACUACUUUAAAUGAUUGCUUUCGUGCAAGCUAACCAAAUAAUGACUAGAAGUGGCAUUUGCAAAGCUUUAUAGUCAGACAGUGUCUCAAAAUACGGCCAAUAGGCACAGUUGUACUAUUAACUAUCUCAACUCAUCAUGACUAAGGUCUGGCCGUGAAUAGAACUGAAUAGGGCUUUGAAUACAGGGACCAAUCUUUGCGAAGGUAAGAAAAUAUACGAUGACAAACAUGCGACAACUCAGUGAGGUUCUAGCCAUGAAAAGCUUUUGUUUUCUGCUUAAAGAAUAGAGUGCUUUCAUUUAAUGAAUCGAGCUUUCAAGACAUCACCGAGCCUAAGACGAGGCAGGCUUUCUCUGCCUACCCCCCUGGGGCUUCAUGCUCCAUUAACUGCAUUUACCCGCUGGUAAAUGUCUCAUUAAUAAAUUAAUUAAAAUUAAGAAAAACUAUGUACAGUAUAAGCAAGUGAGAAAUUCGAGAGAACUAUAUACAAUAUGUACAAUAUGUACAAAUGUAUCCAUCAUGUUAUGUUAUAUAACAUAUGUAAUGUUAUGUUAUAUAACGUGUGUCAUGUUGUGUUAUAUAACAUAUGUCAUGUUAUGUUAUAUAGCAAGUGUCAUGUUAUGUUAUAUAACAUGUGUCAUGUUAUGUUAUAUCACGUCUCAUGUCAUGUUAUGUAACAUACGUUAUAUUAUGUUAUAUAACACGUCAUGUUAUGUUAUAUAACACGUGUCUUCUUAUGUUAUAUAACAUAAAAUAUGUUAUGUUAUAUAGCAUGCGUCAUGUUAUGUUAUAUAACAAGUGUCCUGUUAUGUUAUAUAACAUGCGUCAUGUUAUGCUAUAUAACAAGUGUCCUGUUAUGUUAUAUAACGUGUCAUGUCAUGUUAUAUAACAUGCGUUAUGUUAUAUAACACGUGUCAUGUUAUGUUAUAUAACAUAAAAUAUUUUUUGUUAUACAUGUGUUUUGUUGUGUUAUAGCAAAAAAUAUGUCAUGUUAUAUAACAUAUGUCAAGAUAUGUUAUAUAACAAGUGUCAUGUUAUGUUAUAUAACAUAUGUAAUGUUAUGUUAUAUAACGUGUGUAGUGUUCUGUUAUAUAACAUGCGUCGUGUUAUGUUAUAUAACAAGUGUCCUGUUAUGUUAUAUAACAUGCGUCAUGUUAUGUUAUAUACCAUGUGUCAUGUUUUGUUAUAUAACACGUGUUUUGUUGUUAUAUAACACGUCAUGUUAUGUUAUAUAACAUAUCUUAUGUUAUAGAACGUUUGUCAUGUUAUGUUAUAUAACAUUAAAUAUGUUAUAACAUAAAAUACGGUAUGUUAUAUAACAUGUUUCAUGUUAUGUUAUAUAACAAGUGUCAUGUUAUGAAGUAUAACAUGUAUGCAUGUUGUGUUAAAUCACAUUUGUCAUCUUAUGUUAUCUAACAUGUGUCAACAUGUCUUAUGUUGUGUUAUAUAACAAAAAAUGUCAUGUUAUAUAACAUAUUUCAUGUUAUGUUAAAUCACAUUUGUCAUCUUAUGUUAUCUAACAUGUGUCAUGUUAUGUUAUAUAACAUAAAAUUUCUUGUUAUAUCACAUAAGAAACGUUAUGUUAUAUAACAUAUGGCAUGUUAUGUAACAUUUGUUAGAUGACAU